AUGCAUACACACCAUCAUAUACAUAAUUUACCAAAAAAAAAAUUAAAGGCCAAAAAACAAAAUCUUACCGGUGUGAAUUCGUUCAUGUUGAUCAACAUGGCUUUUCUGUGUGAAUCGCUUCGCACAAAAAUGGCAAGCGUAAGGUCGAUCGUUCGAAUGAAUGCGAAGAUGCUGUUGUAAACCGCCACGAGCCUUAAACCGUUUUCCACAUUGGGCACAUUCAUGUCCACGCAUCAUUCGACAGUCUGCCAUAUGCGUAUGUAACGCAGCUUGAUCAGCCCAUUUCUUUGGACAGAAUUGGCAUUUCAGCAUACCAUCGUGACUGGAGCGUGA